AUGGGUAACCAAGAACCAGAGGAACGACACACCCCCAGGACACACACCCUGGACAGCUCCCACCGCCCAACAACCCCAGGUCAGCCACCACCGCCCAACAACCCCAGGUCAGCCACCACCGCCCAACAACCUCAGGACAGCCACCACCGCCCAAAAACCCCAGGACAGCCCCCACCGCCCAACACCCCAGGACACACCCCCAGGAUAGACCCCCAGGACAUACCCUACAACUCAACACCCCCAGGUCAGACCCCACCACUUAACACCCCCAGGACAGCCCCCACCGCCCAAAACCCUAGGCCACACCCCCAGGACACACACCCUGGACAGCUCCCACCGCCCAACAACCCCAGGUCAGCCACCACCGCCCAACAACCCCAGGACAGCCCCCACCGCCCAACAACCCCAGGACAGCCACCACCGCCCAACAACCCCAUGACACACCCCCACCGCCCAAAAACCCCAGGACAGCCCCCACCGCCCAACAACCCCAGGACAGCCCCCACCGCCCAACAACCCCAGGACAGCCCCCACUGCCCAACACCUCCAGGACACACCCCCAUUGACACACCCCCCAGGACAGGCCCCAGGACAACCCCCACCGCCCAUCACCCCCAGGACAUUCAACCCUUGACACACCCCCAGAACAGUCCCCAACCGCCCAACACCCCCAACCCCACUACAGCCACCAGGACACGCCCCCAGGACAUGCCCCCAGGACACACCCGCAGAACAGCCCCCAGGACACGCCCCCAGGACAUGCCCCCAGGAAACACCUGCAGGACACGCCCCCCAGUACAGCCCUAA